AUACAUUAUGAAAGCACGACAAAGCACCUCCAAACAGCGUGUAAUAGCAAAAAUAGGAAAUAGAGGCGGGUAUUCGGUACUCAAUAAAAUUCCCUUCGAUUUUACCCCUAAUUUUCCCCCUUUCUACUUUGCCCUAGAAAACGAUGGCGACGAUGAUGGAUGUUGAGAUGGUAAACGAGAAGAAGGAGGAGAAGAAAGUGUCAAUAGAGAUGAUGCGUAAGAAGUUUGAGGAAUGGGACGAUGUUUUGCCUUAUCAUUACCAAAUAUGGAACAAGGAUGAAUCUGACGAUUGGCCUCCCGUUUUUGGACAGAUCACAUUGUUAAUCGAACCAUAGAGUAUUUUACUGAUUUUUGCAAGAGCAAUGAGAGCUUCGAUUUCUCCAUUGAGCCAGUCGUAGAUGGUGAGGUGAAGUAUUGCAGCUACGCCGAGUUGAACAGUAUUACUAAUUUCAAGGAUUCUUUAAUCCAAAAGACACUUACAGGAAGACUGUUCCUUGGCACCAUUGUUGAAGGAUCUGUAAGCCGACCUGCUAUUGUAAAGACAUGGGAUUAUUUCCUUCCUAUGAAACUUGAGAAGCUUCCUCGUCUAUAUAAAUUUUGUGAUGAGAUCGAGUUAUUAACAGAUGAAACAGCAAAUACGCAUCCAAAUUUGGUGAAGUUGUAUAAGUGCUGUUUUGAUAGGAGGCUGGAAGCUGUCUAUGAUGCAGAGUUCACCAGAGUCUUGUCAGACGUUCUUCUGGAUGAUGACUUUGGGUGGGAUAAGCGGAUGAAAGUGGCAACCCAACUAGCAGAUCUCUUCUCAUGGUUGCACAAGAAUGGGAUUGCAGUUGGCAGCGUUACUGCUGACUGUAUUAUGAUAGAUGACGAAGUAAACAUAAAAGUUUUUGACUUUGGAUACGUAUCAAAUCAUGUGAAUGAAGAUACGAAAAUUUCUCCUCUAGUUUGUGUUGGCCGGGAUGCUCCUGAGAUUUAUAGUCGUACGAUGACGAUGAAAUCUGAUGUUUAUAUAUUUGGCCUUGUACUGCUACAACUGAUAGCGAAUAAGGAGGUUAUUUGUGAUGGUCCUGAUUCUCUGGAACAGAGAGCCAUAAAGGAGGCUAAGCGUGGUGAAAAAUAUCUGGUUCGUGAUUGCUUCAAAGAAGUUGAUCAUUCGACUGCAUUUAAGAUCACACUUCUGGCAUUCCGCUGCUUGCAUAUUGAUCUGCCAGACGAGAGGCCAAAGAUGGAGGAAGUUCUUAAUGCGUUGACAGAAUUAAGGGAUGAAGCAAGGGGGGAGAAGCGAAAAAGAGAUGAAAACGAGGCAGAGGCAGAGAGUCGGAAUUUAAUAACUGCUACCGCUUAGCUAUGCUUGGAAAAAUCAUAUAUAUAUACACAAGGUAACUUUACCUUAUUACAUAAAAUCCCAUAUUAGAAAAGAAAUUACACAAAUCUCAUAUUAAUUACAUAGAAUUCCUUCGUUUUAGACUUUCUCUCUCUUCUCCUUCAUACAUCCAAAAACAGUUGUCGCUUCUUUUUUAGUCCGAUAUUUGCUCAAUUAUUGCACUCCCUAUUGUACGCCUAAAAUCAAGCUACUUGAUUUGGGAGGUUUCAAAUUUGUCAGUUAUCAAGCAUUAACUGGACAAACUGAUUAACUUCAUCACACUUUUCAUUUAAUUUUGAGGUUUCUUUAUUUUUUUUUCAACUUUUCCAAUUCAAAAAUGUUUCAACUAACUUCAUCACCCUUUUCAUUUAAUUUUGAGGUUUGUUUAUUUUUUUUCAACUUUUUCAAUUCAAAAAUGUUUCAAUUUUUUCUGUAAUUCAACUGCAUACAUGGAACUCCGUCAUCCCUGCCACCGUCUCCGGCUAGCCUUUCGACAACAGCUCCGCCACUUCGCCACCAAAUACAGCGGCAGAGUUGUGGUAGAAGACGAAGACGGCCGUUCAUUUGCCGUCGAAGUCGACGCCCCUACACUCCAAAUCGAUUUCCAAGUAUAUGCUCUUCCUCGCCGUGACUAAAAACUGAUGUAUAUUUGUUGUUGGAGUAUAAAUUUCAUAUUUGUUGUUUGUAUUUCAUAACAAUGUCUAACUAUUAUACAUAAUGGUAAUGUAUUAGACCAUCUCA